AUCAAUAUAUCACUGAGAGUGAAAUCGGAAUCACAAAAAUGGCGUCGACGAAGCCAUUGAUUGUCGCAGCGAAGACGCUCCGAAACCGGAUCCACUUCCGAUCUGGAUCCACAUCUACUGGUCCAAGCCGGUGGGCGACACCGGGUCACGAAGAACGACCCAAAGGAUAUUUCAUGAACCGGACUCCGCCGCCUCCAGGACAGUCGCGCAAGUGGGAAGAUUGGGAGCUUCCAUGUUACAUCACAAGCUUCCUCACGAUUGUAAUCCUCGGAGUGGGUCUCAAUGCCAAACCUGAUCUUUCAAUCGAGACCUGGGCUCACCAGAAAGCUCUUGAGCGCCUCGAGAUGGAGAAGCUUGCAUCUGCCGGAGAUUCAUCUGGUUAAUCCCAAAACUUGGGAGAUAUGAUUCAAUGGUUGAUCUGGUAUGUAUGUGUUUUGUUUGUUUUUCCGGGGAUUUGAGGAGAUUUUCCCAUUUAUGAUGAUGAUCACGAAUACUAGUGACCUAGGGUUUCGUUUUGUUCCUCCUCUCCUCUUCGUUAGUGUCGAUAAAUAUGUUCAUGAAAUAAGCGAUCUUUAACUCUUGACGAUGGUUUUAUGUAACUCACCUUAAUUUUUGAUCAUGUUUCAAAGCUCUCUUGCCUCCAA